GAGAAUGUGACAGAAAGAGAUAUAAUGAUAAAAUCGUAUUGAAAACUUUCCAAAUGAGUUACACAAGUUAGUCGAUGUUCAGUUGUCGCUGGUUCCACAUAAAUACUUUAGGUGAUUUUGACGCUCAAAGUUAUAAUGUCCGACAAUUCAGCCGCAAAUUCGCUGCCAGAAUGGCUGACCGAUGCAUUUAUGGAGGGUCAUUUGAGAAAUUAUUACAAAAACAAUGACAUUAAAUUAAUCCGAUUCGAUGUGAAAUCCGGUGCGGGAAAAGACGAAGGCUUCAUGAGUUCAAUGCUUCGAACCACGGUCAAGUACAGCGUUCCGGGCGAAGAUGAUGACAAAACCAUCAACCUAAUAAUAAAAGUGCCCGUUUCCGAAGAGACAGUGGAUACAUUUGCCAAUUACGAUGUGUACAAUCGGGAAAUUGAAUUUUAUGGUGACAUCGCGCCAAAAAUUGGUCAAAAGUUGAAGGAAUUGGGUGAAGUUCAGCUGUUGCCUGAAUCGAUUGGCGUGUGUAAAACCAGAAAAAUCAUGAUAAUGGAAGAUUUAGGAGCCAAAGGCUAUGGAGUAUUGCCAGCACAACCGGGAUACAAUAUCGCUCAAACAAAAGCAAUUCUGAAGCGGAUGGCUACACUUCACGCCAUUAGCGCCGUUUUGCAAGAAGAAAAUCCGAAUAUUUUUACGAAUUUCAAAAGUGGUCACUUCAGUCGCGAUGUUGACGUAUAUAACCACAUGUAUGCGGGAAAUUUCGAUGCGCUUCUUGAAACGAUUUCAACUUGGCCCGAGUUUUCUAUGUACACUGAAAAAUUGCGCCGUACCCGAGAGGAUGUGGUUGAACGAUGGCGUCGCAUCUACGACGUCAAUCCGAAUCAUUUCAAUACAUUGAUCCAUGAUGAUUUCUGGCCACCAAACAUAAUGCUCAAGAUUAACAAUCCAACCGAGGAGCAACCGUUGGAAAAUGUUGUUUUCAUCGAUUUUCAAAUGACUUUUUGGUCGUCGCCAACAAUUGAUUUGUAUUUCUUCUUAAACACAUCUGUUUGCGAAUCUUUUCGCCCACAUCGCUUCGACGAACUGGUUGAAUAUUAUCAUCAAUAUUUAGUUCAAUUUUUGCAGCGAUUGGGCUAUAAAAAACACAUUCCAACGUGGCCCGAGUUUCAAGAGCAAUACCAAGAAAGGAAGCUAAUGGCAUUCAUUACGUCGUGCUUGGAACAACCGAUCACAAUCGAUAACAAUGGUGAACUUGGAGUUGAUGUACUCCUUAAAAAUGAUGAAACUGCCAAAAAUGCCAAACGAACAUUGUAUCAAAAAGAGAAAGUGCAGCUAAUUUUACGGAAAAUGAUCCCAUACUAUGACCAAAUCGGCACAUUCGAUUAAAUUUAUUGAAUUUUUUCAGAAUUGCUCUGUUUAUCCUAGAGAACUUCAAUAAAUGGCUUGAAAUGAAGUAGUUUGAUUGCAUCGAUGAAUCGUUGAUUUGAUGAGUGAUAUGAUAAGAAAUGAGCAGAUGACAGUUGUUAUCGUUAACAUUUUAUAGAUAUUGUAAGUAUGACAGAAGCAGAAAACCCACUGUUCAGUGUACAAUGCAGUGCUGCUAGCAAGAUGCACACAGGAAAUAGUUGAGAUUAUUUGAAGAGAUUUGCGAGACGAUAUCAGGCCAAACGAUUUGUUCAAUUAAAUUUUAUAGUAAUUACUCCAAUCGAAUUACCACAGGUGCAUUUCUGGUUCUCACACAAUGUGCAUAAUGUGAGAAUAAAGUAUUCCGAUAUGAUUGUGCCCACACAGUUAAAGCCUAGGGGCUUUUUACUCUUUUUCAUAUAUGUGAUUUGUACGGAUAAACGCGCAUAGAUUGUGUGCCACAGUGAAGUGUGUCGAAUUUUGCACAUAGUCAGGAAUAUUACGCAUAGAAGCGAAUACGCGUGCACAUAAUGAUGCCACGAUGCGAUUUAAGACGCAUCAACACAAUGUCAACAUUCUGUUGUAUCGUUAAGUUUCGUUCAAACAAUAUUUGACAUCAACAAUUUCUGUCUUUAAUAUUUAUCAAAUCUCUUGCUAAUGAGAUUGUUCUUAAUUGAUGAAAAUUGAAUUUAAAUAUAACACAAAA